UCCACGCUCAGCAACAUCCUCCAACAAGGCAGUUUAAACCUGCAAUAUACUGGAGCGGGAAAAAAAUCCAUCCCUCUAUCUUUCUAUCAGCGUACGGGGAGCAAAUCAGAUCUGUCUUUCUUGGGAUGCAUUAAGGCUCUUUUUGUUUUUGUUUUUUUUUUUUGUUUUGUUUUGUUUUUUGUUAUGGAACUCAAACUCACGCAAAAGGACAUUUGAUUUAAACCAGUUGGAGGAUUUUGCACUUUGCAGUUGACAAACUUUGCAUCACGUUGGAAAGAGAGAGAAGACGGAUAAAGCACGCUCAGUAUGGCGCGCGCUAACUUUUGGCUGUGCUUGACGGUGCUCGUGGCUCUCGAGCUGUGCAGCAGCGACGAGCCCGAGUUGCUAUCGCACGCGGCGGCGCCCUCGGAAGUGCCCGUGAUGGCCGUGAUGCCCUCGGCCGUUUCUCUGCUCGAGGUGAUGCACGAGGAGGAAGUGCCGGCUGAGGAGGAGGCGGAGGAGGAGGAGGCGGCAGCCGGCGCGCGCCAGUGCUCGGCGUGCGCGUGGCGGGAGCAGAGCCGCGCGCUGCGCCUCGAGACCAUCAAAUCCCAGAUCCUGAGCAAGCUGCGGCUCAAGCACGCGCCCAACAUCAGCCGCGCCGUGGCCGAGCAGCUGCUUCCCCGCGCGCCGCCGCUGCAGCGCCUCCUCGACCAGCAUGACUUCCAGGGAGACGCGGCGGGAAUAGGAGCGGCGCGAGAGCUGGACGAGUUCACCGAGGCGGAUGAGUAUCACGCCACCACUGAGUCGGUGAUCGCAAUGGCCUCAGAGCCGGAGCCAAUAGUCCAGGUGGAUGGAAAACCAAGCUGCUGUUUCUUCAAGUUCAGUCCCAAGUUGAUGUUCACUAAAGUGCUGAAAGCCCAGCUCUGGGUUUAUCUUCGGCCACUGCAACAAACCUCUACUGUUUACCUGCAGAUCCUGCGUCUCAAACCUGUAACUGAUCAGGGCAGCCGCCACAUCCGCAUCCGCUCCCUCAAGAUCGAGCUCAACUCACGGUCUGGCUACUGGCAGAGUAUUGACUUUAAACAUGUCCUGCAGAACUGGUUCAAGCAGCCACAUACAAAUUGGGGCAUUGACAUAAAUGCCUUUGAUGAAAGUGGCAACGACCUAGCUGUGACCUCACUAAGGCCUGGCGAAGAAGGACUGCAGCCGUUCCUGGAGGUGAAGGUUCUGGAGACGACAAAGCGUUCGCGUCGUAAUCUUGGCCUGGACUGCGACGAGCACUCAACUGAAUCUCGCUGCUGCCGCUACCCACUCACAGUGGACUUUGAGGCAUUUGGAUGGGAUUGGAUCAUUGCACCUAAGCGCUACAAGGCCAACUACUGUUCAGGCCAGUGUGAGUACAUGUUCAUGCAGAAGUACCCACACACCCAUUUGGUGCAGCAUGCUAAUCCUCGAGGCUCGGCCGGUCCUUGCUGUACGCCCACCAAAAUGUCACCCAUAAAUAUGCUGUAUUUUAACGACAAGCAGCAGAUCAUCCACGGAAAGAUUCCCGGCAUGGUGGUGGAUCGCUGCGGCUGCUCUUAGACACAAAAGAUGGCUCAUUUGGUCUGCUCAUGACUGUUCAAGUGUCUCCUGUUUUGCUUUCCUCUUACCUCCUGGAAGAGUGACACAAAGAUGAAGGAGACCAAAUUUAGCUUGUUACUGUAGUCAGCUAAUAACAGAAUAAUUCAUGGUAAAAGUGGUAAAAAAAACAAAACAAAACUGAAGCCCAAAGGGCAGAGUUUUCUGUGAACAAUUCAAUUUGGAAAUUUGAAGACCGGCUGGUGAGAGAAGAGUGAGACAUUUAUUUAUUCCUUUUCUGUGUUAGUUUUUUUUUAUGUGUUUGUUGCUCCUGGUUAAGAUUUUAAGUGUUUGAUUUUAACUGUUUAAUAGUUGUAAGAUAGAUAUUUUUAAAUUGGCUCCAAAGUGACUAAGCCAGUUUUUAAGCCUGUUCAUUCUGUCUUACUGAAAGGGCGAAAACACAAUACUGAGUAGGGAUCAUACAUCAGCCCUCUGUAAAUACUAUGACAGUGAAGUCAAUGCUGUUUCUUUCUUUUAACUUGCUGUUACCUGCUAGAACCAAGAUAUUCCCAGCUCUGUUGUACAAGUUUAAUCAACACAUCUAAAAGAAUCAGAUUAAAACCACAGUUUAAGCAUGUGCUCAUAUUAAACUGUAAUAUCAUGAUAGCUGCCUAACCUUUUUAAAGGUUUAAAAAAUUACAUGUUACUUAUUUAAAAUGUUACCUAUGAAAAAAAAUUAUUACAUGUUUACCUGCAAAUGUAAGAUACAAAACAGGCAAUUAACUUACUUGGUUUGACAGUAUUGGUACUUCAAAUGUUAAACAAAAUUACAGAAUUGGCCUUGCACAGAAGGAUACUUACAAUGUUCUUUCCGGUUUGUCCUAAACAAAAAAGACAGGUGUCCUUAUGCUCCUUCUGAAUGGGACAGAUUUUAUCUCGAGGGCACAAAUGCUGCCAUGAAAAGGUUGCCUACCUAGGCAACCUAAUUACAUGUAAAGCACAGGUGGAGUGAAAUAGGACAAGAAAAAUUUCAAAAUGAAUUUCAAAAUGAAGACAACCACAUCUCGCUUAAAUAUAAACUCUGCUUUGCCAUAUCUUUAAUCCAAAGAGGCUGAAAAAUAUUGACUUCACUGUCCCAAUACUUAUGGUGGGAACUGAUUAUGUAAACAUGACAUUUCUCCAAAAUAUUCUUAACCAUACAUAUAUAUAUAUAUUUUUUAGAGAAAAUUUUUUCCCAUCUAUACUUUGUUUCAUCCAAAAACAUAGUACAUUAGAGAAGCAAAAAUAUGCCAAAAGAGACCUACAGUGGGUAAACAUGCUAAAGCAGACCCCCCACCACACACUGCAAAUGCAGCUAGCACCCCAGUGCGACAUUCCCAAGAAUCCAGGCGCCCUUUCAUGGCCACUUUGAUCUCCUUUUUACUCGUCAUCUUGUAAAAGACAAAAAGAAACAAGAAGAGAAAGGGGUUUUUCAAGACUUUUCAAUGAGGACAGGAAAAGGGGUUUGACUAGGCAAUCGAAUUACGACCACAGCACUGACACACACACACAAAGCCUGACCUUUAGAGCAUCAGCUCCAGCAACUGGUCAACUACAACUAGGCCUAAAUAUUAGAUUGCAAGGAGAUUAAUAUUAUUUAAUAAUGCUUUAAUAAAAUACUGUAUUAUAUACAUUUUCAUUCAUAUUAUGGGUGUUAGACGCUUAAAAAAAAAAAACUUUAUGUAGACAAAGGACUUGGUAUAAAUUUGUCCAAUUUGAGUUACAGGGCCGUUAGAUGAAGCUUACUUAAAGUAUUUACAUAUAUCAGAUGUAGGCAUGUCCUGAUAUGACAUUUUCAUGUGACAAUAACUGCCUGACACUGAGGAAGUGUCCUAUAUACCAUGUUGUACGUGAUAUUUACCGGAACAUAUCAUUAUCAGCACAUCUGAUCAGAUGCACUAGGCCGUUUUUCCCCCACACACUCAGUUGCUGGGUUACGCUUAAUUAAGAUUCAGCAUGUGGCAAACUGUACAUUUCAAGAAAAAUAUCAUUUAUUGAUUUUUUUUUUGUUUUGUUUUAUGACCUGUCACUCCAUUAUUACUCCUUACUAAUUAAUCCUUAAUGGUAUGAUGAACUGAAGUGCUUAACAGGAAAAAAAAUAGAUUAAGAAGUCUCAUCCUCACUAGAUGUCUAAGCAAAGAAGAAUAUCGCUCUGUUGGAAACGAAAGCACUAUGCUGUUGGAUAAAGGAGACGCCUUCGGACAUUAUAUAUAAAUAAUAUAUGUAUAUAAUUUUUUAAAAAGGGGUACAAAAGAACCUUUCUGGGCACUCUACCUUACCAACUAUAAAUUUUGCACUAUGGGAAUGGCAAGAGAAGUCAUGUUGUCUGUAUUUGUAUUAUACCUUUUCAAGCACAAGUGCUUGUACAUGGACUGUAACAAUUGAGGGAAAAAAAAAAAGAGAAAAAAGCCUGUUUAUGGAGUGGAUAUACAGCGACUGUCCAUCAUAUUUUUCUUCAUCUUUACACUUUCUUGAUGUUCUUUUUUCCCCCCAUCUUCUAAAGCGGAGACCUGUCACACAUUUCCUUCCCACAAAAGUAACAUCACUGAACAAAAAUGAACAUUUAUCCUGCUUGGACAGCAUCACAGGACUGUAUUCAUGAGUGCAGGAUGGAGAAGGUAUUCAGAAGCUCUCUCUCUAUGAACAUCUGAAGCUUUUGGUCCUGAUCAUUUGCAAUGUCGACAGAAGUGUCCAUACUAUGGAUGUAUUUCAUGUUGGUUUUUAACAAUUAUAACAAGGAGAUCAUCAAUAUGCUGAAGUUCAGUGGUUUUGAGUCUGCAACCGGAAGGUUGUGAGUUCAAAUCCCAUUGACCGCCAGUGAGAAAAAAAUCCCUUAAGCCACUGCUCAACUCUGUGCUUGGACUGGAUUCUGCCUUGUUGUGAUUCACUUUGGUUAAAAGUGACUGUCCAAUUAAUGAAUGCAAGUAGGUGCAGGAACCUUCGCAAGUACAUUAAGGUGCGUUUUCACUAGAGGAAAUUUAGAUGAUAGAUUUGAAAUGGACGUUACAAAUAAAUGCAAUGUCGUGUGGUAGGUGGCAGCAGAUGGCAGUAUACACUCAUUGUUAAGAAUAUUAAGAAAAAUAAGGAGAAUGCAGUGCAAGGUGGUUAAUUUAUCUACGGUUUAGCAUACACACACACCCAUGCCAGAUUGACAGACUUUACACCAAGCCGUAAUCUCCUGCAUUGGGAAACUAGAGGUUGGGUUAUUAGUUCAUGGGAAUUAUCUUUACUGAAAUGCAUGCAAAGAUCCCACUAUUAAAGAUUUUAUUUGGUCAUUUGCUAUCAUCAUAAAUACUACUACACUAUCGACAAAUUAAAUACAUGAAAUUUGCCUAAUAUUACAAUAUUUCAUUGAUUACUACUAUUGGUAGUAGUAUAGUAGGAAUUGGAAUAUAUGCAUUGGGAUGUUGGAUCAUUAUGGAAAUUUAUGUUCAAAAUACAGAUGAUUAGAUAUUUUUCCCCAAGUAUGCUCAACUCUUACCAUUUUAGGUUUCAUUUAUGCCAGUGUUUUUACCAAAAAUGUAAUGUACACAGUGCCCUCCUUAACCCAAGUGUAGUCAAUAAGCCAAGACAUGUUUGGUGCUUGAAUUUUGAUUACAAUGGUUUUGCACAAAAAGGCUAAUGAGAGCUAACACAUAAGGUAAGCUUAUAGCUGCUGAUUUUGCAUUAUGUUUCCCAAAUCAAAACAUGCCUCAGACCAUUCAGUACCUCAAACGGACUUGCUUAUGUGGUUGAUGACACGGAUACAUUGUCUAUAAACAAUAAAGGAUGUCACAGAACUUAGGUUGUGUCACAGCAACAGAGGUUGCGUCCGUAUUGAAGCAGAACACUUUUGUCACUCUGCUCUAGCAGACUCGGGUAGGAGAUUUGCAAAAUUUGAAGAUGACGUUGUAUUUUAGAAGUGAUUCAGAUGAAAUAAUUCCAAGUUGACCUGAAUAUUAUGUAUCUUUAAUAAUUCUUAUUCUGAAAGUUUCUGGCAAUGUUUAGGCACAAACUGAAUUACUAUGUCUGCUGAGGCGAGUGUGUAAUGAUUCAGACACUUUAGACACACUUACUUGUUACCUAAAUUAGCCUCCAGUGUAAAACUAAAGAAACAAAUUUCAGUAAUUAAACUUGGCUCGGCUGAUCGACUACAUUAAACGUGUAAGAGCAAGACAUUUCAUUUUUUCUGUCAUGAGUUUUCUUUUCAAUACAAGUACAACACUUUCAUUCUCUUCAAAUUAAAAUUCAAUUCCAAACAUUUAAUGCAUUAAAGAAGUUCCCAGGGCAUUGAUAUCACAAGGUCAAUGUUAUGUUAGUAAAUGAAUGGACGGAAACACAGAUAUUACCUUUACAUCACAUGAAGCAUGGGCACUUCAUGCAUAGCAGAUAAAGCAUGUGGAGCCAGUGUGGAGACAUUAAUGCAUGCAAGGGACAUCGGACACUAAGCUAAAACUGUGGACCCUUCAUGCAUAAUUAAAUGAGCAAGGAUGUUCUCACAGUGUAAAUAAGCAUUCAGCAUUUCAGCAGCUUGCAUCACUUUCUCUGAACAGGUUCUCCGCUUUGAAGAAUUCUGUGUCUUUUUUGCUGUCUCAUCCACUUUAUUUGAUGCUGUGUAGAUGAAUGAAUUAUAAAUAUGUAGGUUGAAUUUUGUGCAAAUGAAUACUUGGUUUCUUUGUUUUUGUUCGUUUGGUCUCUUUUUCUACAAUAAAUCAUUUAUUUAGCCUAA